GUUGUACGUGGGCAUACAGGAAGGCAUUGAUUCUUUGGACAAAAUCUGGAAAAGCCCCAGAGUCUGAUUUGAUUGGUCAAUGCAGAUUUUCGUGAAUAGCCCGUAAAUGAAUAAAAUCGUAUUCACCCGACAUCACGUUUUGCAUACUCUUUUUCCUCUUCUCUUCUUUCGUUAUCGCUGAUCACCAUGAGCACCCUUCUACAAAAACUCGCUAUAUGCACGGUUAUUCCAAUCGCCACCGUUGUAACUUAUUCUAGGGCUGUCAAUGCGGAAACGUCUAUGACCCAUCCACAAAGAUUUGUAGCAAGCGGCUGUGAUAAAGAAGCCCUUGAAUCUGUUCAGUCAGAGUGGAAGAUCCGUAACCAAGGAAUUGGCUUGCGAGACACAGACGCAGUGGUGGUGGAGUUUAACGGCGAGCUCUUUUUUUCGAUUUCGCACCACAUGACUUGAAUAUCCGACAACAUCUGUACAUUUUUUCUCGCGCUGUCCCUGAUUCCUCCACACCCCCCAACCAAACACGCAAUGCACGCACAGCUGCUAUGUUUUAUUCCCUCAGCUAUCAACUAUUUUACUCUUCUUCAGACAUCUUGUUGCUUUCUCUUCACAUGUUGACAAUCUUGUGUCUAGAUGCACCGUAUGAUUAUAUAUCAAAAUUAAAAGGAGGCUUUAGCGAACUAGUGGCUGGAAUAAAGUUAUAAACCAUCUCUCAAUGUCAUGACUAACCUAUAUUC